AUGGGAAAAACCAACAGUAAGUUGAAAUCGACACAGAUUCGGGAAUUGGCGGAGCAAACAUACUGUUAGUGAUAAUGAAGAAUAUUCGGAUAUUUUUUUUAUUACAGUUACGGAAAAAGAAAUCAAACAAUGGUACAAAGGAUUUGUACGCGACUGCCCAAACGGAAUGCUAACAGAGGCGGUAAGCAUACGCUAUUAUUUCACAUUUUGAUACAAAUUAAUGGUCAAUUUUUGCAUUAGAAAAGUAAUUUAAGUUUUCAGGGUUUUCAAAAGAUAUACAAGCAGUUUUUCCCUCAGGGUGACCCCUCUGAUUUUGCUUCAUUUGUUUUCAAAGUAUUUGAUGAAAACAAAGUGAGCAUAUAUAUUUUUUAAUACUUGAAGGAAAUACGUUUAUAGGACGGCGCAAUUGAAUUUCACGAAUUUAUACGUGCUUUAUCAAUAACAUCACGUGGAAAUUUAGAUGAGAAACUGCACUGUGAGGCAGAUAACAUAUUAGCUCGACAUAAGUGAAAUUGUUCAGGGGCCUUCCGGUUGUAUGAUCUCGAUCAAGAUGGAUUUAUUACAAGAAACGAAAUGUUGUCCAUAGUUGAUUCGAUAUACAAAAUGGUUGGAAAUAGUGUUACUCUCCCUGAAGAUGAGAAUACGCCUGAAAAAAGAGUUGAUAGAAUAUUCCGCAUGAUGGACAAAGUUGGUUUUUAUUGGGUGGAAAUUUGAUAAACGUGGAUUUCUUCAGAACAAUGAUGCUCAACUCACACUGGAAGAAUUUAAAGAAGGCGCUAAAGCUGAUCCUUCCAUUGUUCAUGCUCUCUCUUUAUACGAGGGCUUGUCAACAUGA